GCUUGAUAUAGAUCGCCUGGAAAGCAAAUCCAGCUAUGCACACCAUCCUCAGUUUGUUUCUGACCUCGCUUUUGGUGACUAUCGCUCAGUCAACCACACCCACCCUUGCUGGAGACCUUGACAUCAUCGAACGAGAUGUGGCCAUCAUCGGCGGAGGAGCAGGAGGCACAUACUGCGCCAUCAGCCUCCAAGACCAAGGCAAGUCCGUCAUCGUGAUCGAGAAGGAACACCGACUCGGGGGCCACGUCGAGACCUACGUGGAUCCCGGGACAGGCAUUGCAAUGGACUAUGGAGUCGCACUCUUCGAGAACACCUCCGUGAAACUCCUGAUCGCCAUCCCCCCCAACCCCUCCCUCCUCUACCCCUGGCUCCGCCUCACCCCGACCAAACACUCCCUCUUCACCCGAUACAUCAGCACAGGCCUGUACGUGGGCCUCGUCAACGGCACGCGCCUCCCGCCCACCGCGGGCAUCCUCAACCUCGCCCCCAACCACACCAUGUACUCCUUCCCCUACCUGCCGGACACGUACAGCCUGAUCCCCGCCCGCUUGCCCGGGUUGAAGCUCGCCACCUACGGCAGUCUGCAGACCACCGACCCGUUCCCGAUCAGCGAGGCAGCCGUCCGCCACCACAUGCUGGACGAUAUCCGGCGGAUCCACCGGGAGAACCCGGACCGGUUCCCGGGGACGAGCGAGCCGGCGUUCGUGGCCUUCGCGGCCCAUGCGCCGUAUAACCUGCAGGUGUCGGGGGAGGACAUCAAGAAUGGGUUCUAUGAGGGGCUGUAUGCGCUGCAGGGCGAGAUGAAUACGUUUUGGACCGGGUCGGCGUGGGCGGCGGAUAUUAGUGGUGAUAUUUGGAAGGUUUCGAGGGGGGUGGUCUUGCCGAUGCUGGUGGGGGAGUUGUGA